UUGGGGCGCCGCGGCGGGGAGGGUGGCGGCCGCUGGUGCGCGCGGGGCGCUGUGUGUGCGCGCUCCCCCGCUCGGGGAGGAAGAUGGCCCAAAAGGGAAAGUUGGGGUGACGCGCGCGGUCCCCGGAGGCUCGGCGGGGGGCACCGCGGCCAGCCCGACGGAGCGGCGGACACACAGGCCGGGGGGCGCGCAGUCCGGGCGCCGCCGCGGCCGCCCCCUCACUGCAGGUGGCAGCGGGUGCGCUGGGUCCCGGCGGCCGCGGGCGCGGGCGGGCGCGCGGGGGAGCCCGGCCGAGGGAUGGGCUGCGCCCCCAGCAUCCAUGUCUCGCAGAGCGGCGUGAUCUACUGCCGGGACUCGGACGAGUCCAGCUCGCCCCGCCAGACCACCAGCGUGUCGCAGGGCCCGGCGGCACCCCUGCCCGGCCUCUUCGUCCAGACCGACGCCGCCGACGCCAUCCCCCCGAGCCGCGCGUCGGGACCCCCCAGCGCAGCCCGCGUCCGCAGGGCCCGCACCGAGCUGGGCAGCGGUAGCAGCGCGGGUUCCGCAGCCCCCGCCGCGACCACCAGCAGGGGCCGGAGGCGCCACUGCUGCAGCAGCGCCGAGGCCGAGACUCAGACCUGCUACACCAGCGUGAAGCAGGUGUCUUCUGCGGAGGUGCGCAUCGGGCCCAUGAGACUGACGCAGGACCCUAUUCAGGUUUUGCUGAUCUUUGCAAAGGAAGAUAGUCAGAGCGAUGGCUUCUGGUGGGCCUGCGACAGAGCUGGUUAUAGAUGCAAUAUUGCUCGGACUCCAGAGUCAGCCCUUGAAUGCUUUCUUGAUAAGCAUCAUGAAAUUAUUGUAAUUGAUCAUAGACAAACUCAGAACUUCGAUGCAGAAGCGGUGUGCAGGUCGAUCCGGGCCACAAAUCCCUCCGAGCACACGGUGAUCCUCGCAGUGGUUUCGCCAGUAUCGGAUGACCAUGAAGAGGCGUCAGUCCUUCCUCUUCUCCACGCAGGCUUCAACAGGAGAUUUAUGGAGAAUAGCAGCAUAAUUGCUUGCUAUAACGAACUGAUUCAAAUAGAACAUGGGGAAGUUCGCUCCCAGUUCAAAUUACGGGCCUGUAAUUCAGUGUUUACAGCAUUAGAUCACUGUCAUGAAGCCAUAGAAAUAACAAGCGAUGACCACGUGAUUCAGUAUGUCAACCCAGCCUUCGAAAGGAUGAUGGGCUACCACAAAGGUGAGCUCCUGGGAAAAGAACUCGCUGAUCUGCCCAAAAGCGAUAAGAACCGGGCAGACCUUCUCGACACCAUCAAUACAUGCAUCAAGAAGGGAAAGGAGUGGCAGGGGGUUUACUAUGCCAGACGGAAAUCCGGGGACAGCAUCCAACAGCACGUGAAGAUCACCCCAGUGAUUGGCCAAGGAGGGAAAAUUAGGCAUUUUGUCUCACUCAAGAAACUGUGUUGUACCACUGACAAUAAUAAGCAGAUUCACAAGAUUCAUCGUGAUUCAGGAGACAAUUCUCAGACAGAGCCUCAUUCAUUCAGAUAUAAGAACAGGAGGAAAGAGUCCAUUGACGUGAAAUCGAUAUCAUCUCGAGGCAGUGAUGCACCAAGCCUGCAGAAUCGUCGCUAUCCGUCCAUGGCGAGGAUCCACUCCAUGACCAUCGAGGCUCCCAUCACAAAGGUUAUAAAUAUAAUCAAUGCAGCCCAAGAAAACAGCCCAGUCACAGUAGCGGAAGCCUUGGACAGAGUUCUAGAGAUUUUACGGACCACAGAACUGUACUCCCCUCAGCUGGGUACCAAAGAUGAAGAUCCCCACACCAGUGAUCUUGUUGGAGGCCUGAUGACUGACGGCUUGAGAAGACUGUCAGGAAAUGAGUAUGUGUUUACUAAGAAUGUGCACCAGAGUCACAGUCACCUUGCAAUGCCAAUAACCAUCAAUGAUGUUCCCCCUUGUAUCUCUCAAUUACUUGAUAAUGAGGAGAGUUGGGACUUCAACAUCUUUGAAUUGGAAGCCAUUACACAUAAAAGGCCAUUGGUUUACCUGGGCUUAAAGGUCUUCUCUCGAUUUGGAGUAUGUGAAUUUUUAAACUGUUCUGAAACCACUCUUCGGGCCUGGUUCCAAGUGAUCGAAGCCAACUACCACUCUUCCAAUGCCUACCACAACUCCACCCAUGCUGCCGACGUCCUGCACGCCACCGCUUUCUUUCUUGGAAAGGAAAGAGUAAAGGGAAGCCUCGAUCAGCUGGAUGAGGUGGCAGCCCUCAUUGCUGCCACAGUCCAUGACGUGGAUCACCCGGGAAGGACCAACUCUUUCCUCUGCAAUGCAGGCAGUGAGCUUGCUGUGCUCUACAAUGACACUGCUGUUCUGGAGAGUCACCACACCGCCCUGGCCUUCCAGCUCACGGUCAAGGACACCAAAUGCAACAUUUUCAAGAAUAUUGACAGGAACCAUUAUCGAACGCUGCGCCAGGCUAUUAUUGACAUGGUUUUGGCAACAGAGAUGACAAAACACUUUGAACAUGUGAAUAAGUUUGUGAACAGCAUCAACAAGCCAAUGGCAGCUGAGAUUGAAGGCAGCGACUGUGAAUGCAACCCUGCUGGGAAGAACUUCCCUGAAAACCAAAUCCUGAUCAAACGCAUGAUGAUUAAGUGUGCUGACGUGGCCAACCCAUGCCGCCCCUUGGACCUGUGCAUUGAAUGGGCUGGGAGGAUCUCUGAGGAGUAUUUUGCACAGACCGAUGAAGAGAAGAGACAGGGACUACCUGUGGUGAUGCCAGUGUUUGACCGGAAUACCUGUAGCAUCCCCAAGUCUCAGAUCUCUUUCAUUGACUACUUCAUAACAGACAUGUUUGAUGCUUGGGAUGCCUUUGCACAUCUGCCAGCCCUGAUGCAACAUUUGGCUGACAACUACAAACACUGGAAGACACUAGAUGACCUAAAGUGCAAAAGUUUGAGGCUUCCAUCUGACAGCUAAAGCCAAGCCACAGAGGGGGCCUCUUGACCGACAAAGGACACUGAAUCACAGUAGCGUAAACAAGAGGCCUUCCUUUCUAAUGACAAUGACAGGUAUUGGUGAAGGAGCUAAUGUUUAAUAUUUGACCUUGAAUCAUUCAAGUCCCCAAAUUUCAUUCUUAGUUAAGUUCCAUGAAGAAAAAUAUAUGUUCUUUUGAAUACUUAAUGACAGAACAAAUACUUGGCAAACUCCUUUGCUCUGCUAUCAUCCUGUGUACCCUUGUCAAUCCAUGGAGCUGGUUCACUGUAACUAGCAGGCCACAGGAAGCAAAGCCUUGGUGCCUGUGAGCUCAUCUCCCAGGAUGGUGACUAAAUAGCUUAGCUAGUGAUCGGCUCAUCCUUUACCAUAAAAGUCAUCAUUGAUGUUUAGCUUGACUGUUUUCCUCAAGAACAUCGAUCUGAAGGAUUCAUAAGGAGCUUAUCUGAACAGAUUUAUCUAAGAAAAAAAAAAAAAAACGACAUAAAAUAAGCGAAACAACUAGGACCAAAUUACAGAUAAACUAGUUAGCUUCACAGCCUCUAUGGCUACAUGGUUCUUCUGGCCGAUGGUAUGACACCUAAGUUAGAACACAGCCUUGGCUGGUGGGUGCCCUCUCUAGACUGGUAUCAGCAGCCUGUGUAACCCCUUUCCUGUAAAAGGGGUUCAUCUUAAAGUCAUCCAUGAUGAGGGAAAAAGUGGCAUUUCAUUUUUGGGGAAUCCAUGAGCUUCCUUUAUUUCUGGCUCACAGAGGCAGCCACGAGGCACUACACCAAGUAUUAUAUAAAAGCCAUUAAAUUUGAAUGCCCUUGGACAAGCUUUUCUUAAAAAAAAAAAAAAAGUUUAUAUACAUGUUUAAAAUUUUUAUUAAAAUCCAAAUUUUCUGGGUGUAAGCCCAUGCAGUAUGUUGUUCCAUGCACCGUCUAUACGUAAUAUUUUGGGAGGGGAUAGGGGAAGUUUCAAGGUUCAGAUAUUUUUAACCAAUCUAUAUUUGAAAUCAUGCCAUUAGCUUUAACAAUGUUAAAAUUGUGCGGUGUAAAUGUAUCAGAAAAUAGGCAUAUGGGGAGGCAGUAAAUACUAUUUUAAGCUAUUAAUUGUAUGCUAAAAGCUUCUAAAGCACAAGUGCAUAUUUUUAUACUGCUCUUUUCACAACUCCCUGUGAUCUACAUAAAGUCAGACUCGAGAUUUUCCUUUCUCUUUUACCAGCCAAUCCUUCCUAUGUAUUAUAAAUAUUAGACUCCGUAAACAAACUUCAUUUUUCUUUCUCUGUACUUCAUGCUGCAUUUUUAAAAGGUAUAAACAGAGACUGAAUUAAUUGAAUCAGUAAUUACUUUUUUCCAAUACAAAUUGGAAUGCAGAAUACUUGGAACUUGUACAUGGGGAAAAAAUGACUUAUCACUACAUAAUGUGCCAAUGUUUUUUUCUAUGUUUUGUACCAAAAAUGGAAAAAUAUGACAAUUCCAUGCAAAGAAAUGUAUCUAAAUUAUUUUUGUUAGAUGAUAAGAGAACUUGCUUGGUCAGGACAGCAGCCAGCUUUGUAUUGUAAUGCUAUAUUAUGUAAAUGUGAUGAAAAUGUUUUUGUGAAGUACUUGUAACUAAAUUCCUACAGCCAUUUUUCAUUCCCAA